UCGAGAUCAUUUUCAAUUUCGACACCAUCAUGGCCGACGAAGCUGCCAAGAAGCUGAACGACCUCGUGAUCGACGCAGACGUGGAGGACGCCGAAGAUAUCACGUUGGACUUGCCGCCGGCCGUGCUGUCCCGCGUGAACCACCUCAAGACGUUGCAAGAGCAACAUGGAGUGCUCGAAGCUGAGUUCGAAAAGGAACGCCGUUUGUUGGAACUGAAGUACGAAAAGUUGUACCAACCCUUGUACGCGGAACGCGCGUUGGUUGUGUCUGGUGAAAAGGAGGUCGCAACUGCGGAAGAAAAGGCGUCGGAAACCGAAGAAACAAGGACCGUCGGUGUUCCCCAGUUCUGGAUGAAGGCGUUAUUGAACCACCCCGACACGGAACAAUUGAUCACGGACCGCGACAUGCCAGCUUUGGAAUUCCUCACGGACAUCAAGUCAGAGUCUUCCACCGAACACAGCGGUUUCCGCCUGGAAUUUACCUUUGCCCCAAACCCAUUUUUUGAAAACACGGUGUUGACUAAGGCGUACGACGUCGCGGAAGGCCCGGACGGCGACGCGAUGCUCAAGAACAUCCAGGGCACGGAAAUUAAGUGGCUUGAAGGCAAGAACUUGACUGAAAAGGUCAAGAAGAUUAAACAAAAGUCCAAGAAUGGUGGCCAAACGCGAUUCGUCACUAAGGUCGAACCGUGCGAAUCGUUUUUCCAAUUCUUCGCGACCGUUGAAAUGCCCGCGGAAGAUGAUGAGAACGACACAAUGCGUCAACUUAACGACGACUUCCAACUUGGGUUCAUCAUUCACGAAACCAUUGUGCCACAGGCCGUGCUGUGGUUCACGGGCGAAGCCCAAGUCGAAGACUCUGACUACGAAGACGACGAGGAUUACGAUGAUGACGAAGAGGACGAAGACAGCGACGAAGACGAAGCACCCCGAGCGAAGGGCAAGAAGUCCUUCCCGGCCUUGGACAAUGCCCCGGGUGCUGAAUCUACCGAAAAGCCCCCCGAGUGCAAGAACCAAUAAGCAGCUUUGUGUUGGAUGGUGGUGUUUACCUUGCACGCAUAGGUGCAGGCUUCGUCAGAUUCUCCCUCUUUUAUCUAUCUCCCAAUCUCCAUUCUUUCCUCUGGUUUUUGCCUCGGGUAUUCACGACUACACCUUGGAAGCGUGCAUGAACGCCAAUUGCG